AUGCCAACGGACGGGCUGGUUGGGUUUUUGUCGAGCGGCGGCAACAAUACCCACUGGAAUGACGAGUACCUUGGGGUGGGCGCCACGGUGUCGGGGGAAGCAACGAAGGUUGUCAAUGGCUUUGCGCUGGCGGGGCGUGGUGCAUCGAUUGUGUGGCCGGUGGGCGGAGGACGGCGGAAUCCCGGGCACGGUUCUGCGGGCGAAGAGGUGACGCUUGUGGCGACAGUGACCAUCAACGAAGCGCCACAGGACGCCACCCCACUGCUGGGCGUGAGGACAGCGGAGGCUGGAAUGUAUCUGGGACUGUGGUACGACGAGCACAAGCACUGGAGGACGGAGUUCGGAGCAGAAGCGGAUGCACAAACAAUGACGUGGGAGGAGGGGAAGGCAUACCGAGUGGUGAUCACGGUGGAAAACGGCACGGGCUCAGCAUACGUCGACGGACAGCUUGUGGGGAGUUUGAAGGAGAAACCCCCAUCUACUGAUCUGCUUCCUCCGCCUCCGCCUCCGCCUCUGCCUCCUCAUGAGCAAUUUCAGCGUGAUAGGCCGCCGGAGAGGGUCUCGCACAUCUUUGUUGGGGAAUACAGGAACCUCGAAAACGCAGAGUUCCAUGUGACGGUGACGAACGUCUUGCUGUACAACCGCUGCUUCAACGCCAGUGAGGUUGCGGCGCUGGAGAGGAAGGAGGAGGAGGCCAGCGUGACGGAACCGGAGGUGCCUCGCGCCGCCGCAUCCUCCGUCAGUGGCCCGACGAGCUCUGCGCACGACGAGACUGCAGCAACUGGCGGCGUGUCGGAGGAGCCGUCAGGGGCAGCCGGCACUGGCCCAGCGACGACCGACGCGGCUGGGAGUUCUGCGGGGGAUGCGUCGGUGCCGCGCGGUGCAGGCACGGCGGGCCCGGCGGGUGACGCGCCUCUGCGGAGUGGGCCCAUGGAUGACGGCCAGGCGCUGCAGACCCCUCCGUCGCACGCGCCAGAGACCGUUGGCGGCUUGCCGUCUGCUUCCGCCGCGCCCCCCGGCGAGACGCCAAACGCUGCCGCCAAAGAAAAUGGCGCAGGCCCCCAAACUGCGGCGGAAGAGGACGGCGGCCACGAGGCCCCCAGCAACGCCGCCACGGCACCCACGGCUCCGGCGCCUGGGCAGCCAGGCAGCCCGCCAACACGCGACGCUGCACCGCACUUAAGCAACAACUCUACCACCUUCAGCAACGCCACAGGGCCGUUCCCGAUGAACACGGAGAGCGACGGCGCUGUGCGUGGGUGCGUGGCUUGGCUAUUGCUGCUGACUCUUCUGGCGCUUUGUGGCGUCGCGGCAGGCUUCUGA